CUUCCUCUCAGUAAGGGAGCAGGAACAUAAGGAUGCCGAAGGUAGUGUCACGGUCUGUAGUUUGCUCAGAUACCCGGGACCGAGAGGAGUACGAUGAUGGGGAGAAGCCGCUACACGUGUAUUACUGUCUCUGCGGGCAGAUGGUGUUGGUGCUUGACUGCCAGCUGGAGAAACUUCCCAUGAGGCCAAGGGAUAAAGCAAGAGUCAUAGAUGCAGCGAAGCAUGCUCAUAAGUUCUGCAAUACCGAGGAGGAGGAGCCUGUGUAUCUGCGCAGGCCAGAUGGCAUUGAGCGACAAUACAGGAAAAAGUGCAGCAAGUGUAGCCUUCUUCUCUUCUACCAACACAGCCAGAAGAAUGUGGCAGCUACCUUUAUAGUGAAUGGGGCUCUGGUCAAGUUUGGACAGGGUUUUGGAAAAACGAAUAUCUAUACUCAAAAACCGGACCCACCAAAGAAGGUAAUGAUGACCAAGCGUACAAAGGACAUGGGCAAAUUCAGUUCUGUCACUGUGUCGACAAUUGAUGAAGAAGAGGAGGAGAUUGAAGCGAGAGAAGUUGCAGAUUCCUAUGCUCAGAAUGCCAAAGUAAUUGAAAAGCAGCUGGAAAGAAAGGGAAUGAGCAAGAGGAGGCUACAGGAGUUGGCUGAGUUGGAAGCUAAGAAAGCCAAGAUGAAAGGCACACUAAUUGACAACCAGUUCAAAUAGAAGAGGCAACGGCCAGAAGAUUGGCGGUGUGAAAGGCCAUCUUGCCUGACACUUCGGAUUGUUAAGAAGAGCUAUGACGUUUGAGGCCGGACCCCUGCCUUUUGAUGCAACUGCACUUGUCCUUUAUGAAACAGAAUGCAGAGAUGAACAGGGGAUUUACCAGCAGGGAAAAGCCUCCAUUCCAGUACAUUAGAGAGGAUGUGUUGUAUGAGCACAGCUUAUAUAAAAAAAACACUGUCUUUUAGCUUAACUUGACUGUACUGCAUGGACUGAGGUUCAGUGCUUACUCCCUUGACUAUUGAUCUGGGAACCUCUUGCUUUGCUUUUGUAAAUAUUUGAAAUAUCAAACAAAUGGAAAACAGACUGGAAAACUAUAUGAAGUGGUGGACACAUUUUAGAGAAAUACAUUUAGUUUUACAGGAUAUGCCUUGUGUGCUGAUAUUGGUGCCACUGAAAAUUACUACCAACAUCGAUUGUAACUUACCCUUGGUAACACCAUUGCUUUUUUUCCCAAUGUUCAGCUUCACUGAACUGAAUAAUCAUCAGCAGUGAACACCGAGGUUUGAUUUAUUAUUCUUUGUAAUAAAGCCAUUGUAUUGUCAUUUAUUACUAUGGGCAUCCUUUACAGCUUACCCCUGUGGAUAAACCUAUCCCCAGGGAUAUGUAUAUUUACUAUAAUACAAAGGUAUCAAUAUCCACUUCCAUUGACUGUUAAUGGUAGUACAUGGGAUCUGUUAUCCAGAAUUCUUGGGACCUGGUGUUUUUUUAGAUAAGGAAUCUUCCUGUAAUUUGAAUCACAAUACCUGCUAAAAUCAUUUAAACAAGAAAUAAACCCAAUUGGAUUGUUUGUCUACCAAUAUGAAUUUGUGCAGCUUAGUUACCAUCAGGUACAAGGUACUGUUUUAUUACAGAGAGCAAAAUUAAAUCGUUUUUAAAAAUUGCA